AUGGCAGGCGCAAAGUGCCUUCUGAAAACACCGAGUAACUUCCAGUCAUCUGCCAUGUUUGAAGGCUCAGAGUCUACCGAGGUGGAAGGAGGCAGCACAGAGAGCACCGUGGCCUCAUCCAUCAGCGCCUGUAAGAAGGUGCUGUGCAGUAACAGUGUGCUGGACUCAUCAGAGUACUGGCUGAGGAAUGAGAAGGUUCUGUGCAGACUGGGCCUGCUGGAUGACGACGCAGAAGGCAGCUGCACCAUGAUCUGUUUUGUGAAUCUGGACCCUCAGAAAACGGACUGUCGUGAUGACAAAAGCGUCAAGAAAUUGGCUUCGGUGUCCCCAGACCUGCCAAAGCUCGUUGAAUUACUGACUGUCCACCAGCCGAAAGAAAAUGAGAUCCUACUGCUCGGCGGCCUAGAAGCCUCAGACACUUGCCAAACACACCCACACUCCCCCUCUCAGGUGAGUUUGCGUACAGGUGUGUGCCUGGUUCAGUGUUCAGGGCAGAGGCACUCCACCCAACCUGCCAGCAUCAUAUUUGAGAUCAACAAGUUCCUGAUUGGUCUCCAGUGGGGAAAGGAACGACAGCUUCAGCAGAGCCGGGCAGCUGGGCAGCGGGUCGACGAUGACACCAAUCGCUCCAUCUCAUCCAUAGAGGAAGACUUCCUGACUGCCUCUGAACACCUUGGAGAUGACAGCGAGGAUGAUGGCUUCAGAAAUGAGCCGGAGAGUGGUGACCUGGCAGAGAGCCUGGUGGAGGUUGCACAGAAACACUGUGUCAGACUUACAUGUCAGAGGGGACAGCUGGCCCAUCAUCAGAACAGGGAGGACAUGGAGGUGAAAAGGGAAAUGCGUCAGCGAACCAGCCACCACACUAAGGAGUCAGCGGGUCACUACGCCACCAAUUUGGCUGAGUCAGUACUGCAAGAUGCCUUCAUACGCCUCUCGCAAGAUGAAACGUCUUUUGUCUCUGAGGCUGCUGUCAGUGUGUCCCUCUCCAGACAUCCUUCCAACUUCAGUGGACCUUCACAGACCAAACAGCCUUCACAACAACGCACCUGCUCUUUUGAACUCCCCAAGAUUGUGAUAGUUCAAAGCCCAGACAGUUCUGACGUGGCUGCAGAAUGGUCAGAGACUCAGGUGUCUAAUGUGCCUGACCAGGAUAUCACUGCCAGAUCCACAGAAAUGCCAGAAAAAGUGACACAGGCUCACGCUCCCCACCACAAUGGAGGACACCCCUCCAAACAUGUAGAGGUGGCUUUAGCCUGUGCUGCCAGUGUCAUUGGCACCAUCACUACACCCCAGCUGACAGAACAGCUUGCAAUGGAAUCAGCUUCAGAGGAGGACACAGAGGAGGACCUACAAGAACCAGAGGAGAAAACUGACUACUCCCUCUCCUCAGCUAUGUGUGGUAUAGCUCAGGUAGCUGGUGCUGUAGCAGCUGUGGAGCUAACAGAGGAGUCAGGGGAAGGUGGCGAUUCUGACGCAGAUUCCGCUGAUGCCUACACCGCAUCCCGGGGUUUGAUGUCUGCUGCUGAGGCCUCUGCAGUCUUCACGCUGCACUGCAGUGUGGCAGAGGGUACCAGUGUUGAAGCGUUUCGUGCCAAUAUUGCUGAAGUCCUACACAGAGAAGCAGCUGAGGUGCUGUCUCAGCCACAAGGCUACAAAAGUGUAGCUCAUUUGCUGGAGUCCACCCAUAACAAGAUAGUAGAUGGCAUCACUUGUCCAAAAAAAUCCUACACAGAUGAAAGAGAGGUAGAUGACUUAAUCAAUGAGGUGGCAGACAGUCUCUUUAAGCAUGCAUUAGAAAAAGCAAAAAAGAAAAAAGAACUGGAAGGUACAGGAAAGGAGGCACCAGGCAUCCAGGUUUUUUUGCAGGAUAGUGUAAACAAUUUGCUUUUUGAUAUCCUUUGUCUGACACAAAGAAAAAUUAGUCACAUCUCUAGAUGUGACCAAGGGUCUUUUGAGGCACAAGAGGGUGAUGCCAUCAUGGAGAGCAAAGACCCAUUAAUUCAAUUGCAGUGCUUAGCUGGCUAUAGCCAGUCCACUAAUAGUGAUAAUCACAGUGGCAUGCCACACUACACAGAUAAGCUUACCAUGAUUUCUGGGCUGAAGGAGAAAUGUCUGCUAGAGGAAAAUGAUCUCACUGCAUCUCCCCCCACAUCAUAUAGCAAAGAGCAACAGCUGCAGUCAUCAUGCAGACAAAGUCAGUCUAAAUCCUCCUCCUUUCCUGCCAAAGAUUGGUCUGACCACCAGCAGAACCAGCAGGGCAGUGGUACCUUCAGAGAACCUUUGAGUGAAAUCCAAAUUCACAGCACAGAGAAGAGGGGGCGAUUAGUGACAGGAAGUGACAGCAGACAGGCUUCGCUCACCCAUCAGACCUCCUUCAACUCUUGCAGUUCUCUGCUGUCUUGGAAAAUGGAUUCAGAGUCCAGGACACCCAUUACUUGCUAUGCUGAUGAUUUGGCUGCUACAGUGGUGUCAAUGGCCACAGAACUAGCUGCCAUAUGUUUGGAGAACUCUACUGGGAAGCAACCUUGGUUCUGUGCCCUGAAAGGAACAUCUACAGAGGGACCAGAGGCCUACUUGAUCCCUGCUUGCCGCACAGUACUCAGAAGAAAAGAGGGUCAAAGCAGCAAUGCAGCCUCUAAGAAACAUCGGGCACCACGCCUUAGUGAGAUCAAGAGGAAAACAGAGGAGCAACCAGAGCUCAUGGAGCGGCUUGUGAAUCGGGUAGUGGAUGAGUCAGUAAACCUGGAUGAACCACAGGACCCAUUUGCCCUCUUUGCGUCUGAAGUCACAGCCAGGAUCAUGAACUGCCCUGAGCUUAAUGUAGUGGACACUUCUAAAGCAGGCCAACCUCGCAGCAGGUUGCAGUGUGAGAGGUGGAGCCGUGGAAAGGCAUCUAGUUAUGAGAGCAUUCCAGAAGAAGAUGCAGACCCAUCAGGUACACCAAACACCCUGGGCCCUGGAAGUCGGUUAGGUCAGAACUUGAGCCGCGGUAGCUCAAUCUCUAAACAGUCAAGUUGUGAGAGCAUCACAGAUGAGUUCUCGCGGUUCAUGGUAAACCAGAUGGAGACUGAGGGCAGGGGGUUUGACCUUCUCUUGGAUUACUACGCAGGAAAAAAUGCCAGCAGCAUUCUGGCUGCAGCUGUGCAACAGGCUGCAUCCAAGAAAAAUGGUCACCUUAAUGUCAGGGCCUCCUCCUGCCUGUCCAAACAGUCUAGCACAGAAAGCAUCACAGAAGAGUUCUAUAGGUUUAUGCUUAAAGACAUGGAUAAAGAAAACAAAGAGUAUGGUAUUGCCAAGACUAAAGAGUGGAGCAAUAGUCUGUACCCACCCUCUCCUAGAACACCCUUCUGUAUACGUCAAUCCUCUGUUCCAGAUCGACGCUACUCAGACUCGCGACUGACUGUCAACUCACCCAUUAAAGCCAACUCAUUUGAUGGAUUUGCCCGCAAUGUGCAUGGAGACACACUGAAUAUCUACCCCACCAACUCAGUGUCAGCCACAGGACUGUGCAAGUCAGAUUCUUGCCUCUAUCAAAGGGGUAAGACUGACCAGAUCACUGAUAUGCUGAUUCACGAGACCUGGUCCAGCUCUAUUGAAUCCUUGAUGAGAAAGAACAAGAUCAUUGCUGAUCCAGAGGACAGUAUUGAACUGGAGGCUGCAGGAGACUUACAGCCCCAUGUGCAGCAGUUUGCCAAUCGCCUGGCAGCUGACAUUGUAGAUAUUGGCAAGUCUGCACUCGGGAGCCAGCAAGAGGUAGCUGGGGGCAUGCCUGGGUCACACCCACUGUCACAUAUGCCUGUUGGUGAAAGAAGGAGGGGGUUCAAACAAUCUCAUCUUAGUUGUAGUCGGAGUAGGUCCAGCCAGGACCAAGCAGGCAAUGGAUUAGGGUCCGGGGCUAGUGACAAUAAUGCACCCCGCAUGAGGGGCCCCAGAGAUGUGCCGCUAAUCCACAUUGAGGGAGAUCAGAAAGAUGAGGAGACCUCUCUAAAUCCUGAAAAGGCAGAAGGACCUCAGGAAACAACACCAGAAGUGUCAGCUACCAAGCGUACAGAGAGAGCUACAGCCAACGGCAGCAGCAGUGAGAGGGACAGGCCAGCUGUGGCGGUGGCUGCAGUAGUGAAGAGGGACAAGCGUUCUAUGAGUGCUAGCAGUGAAGAGAGCAUGGGGAGCUGGUCCCAAAUAACCCCCGAGGAUGACCCCCACGAGGAGACCAGUAGUUUUAUCCAGCUGAGCGAGGGGAAUGGAACCAGCAGCACAUCCAGCCUAGGCCUGGCAGACCUGGAUGCUUUUUCUGAUGUGCCUACUCAGAGCACAGUAAUCAGUGAGGAGACAGAAAAAGGCCACCUGGCAGGAACCAAGGAGAAUAUAUUUCAGAGCAGUUCAGUGCGGACAUUGAGCAGCAGUGGCAACCUCGGGGAGCUGUUGGUGGUAAACUGUGACCUCGAAGCGGAAUGUGUGGACUCAGAGCUGAGAGUGACUCUGCAGUGGAUUGCUGCAUCUGAGCUUGGACUUCCUGCUCUCUACUUCAGGAAGUCUAAAGAGAAAAAGGUUGCAAAGUUCCAGAGGGUGGUCCAUCUGAUGUCUCAGAAGGCGUGGCGGAUUGCGGACUUGUUCAGUGCUGUGGUUCAGUUCUGUAAGCUAAAUGAGAAAGAGGAAAAGGAGGGCAGGUCCAGCCUGUUUGAUUGGCUUUUGGAGACCCUGUAA